AUGUUUCUCUUUCCUCAGUAUUCUCUGUCCAGUGUACUGGAGGCGGCAGUAGCCUUCCUGCACAUCUCUCAUGCCUAUUCUUUAAAUCGUACCUUCGAGGAGUCGUGCUCUGCCUUUGCGUCUGAGACGAAUAUUCCAAAUGUGGAAGUCCACUUCAGUCAAUGUCUUCCCGUGGGCUACAAUCUGUCUAUUCCCGACUUCCCGCAAUCAUGCAUCGAAUCCCACGGAUCCUCUGCCAACCAAAUCAUCCGCUCCGAAGUGUGUCGUGUUGCCAUGCUAGUUAACACGUCCUCUAGCAGCAGCAUGACUCUGGAGGCUUGGCUCCCUUCUAACUGGACCGGCUGCUUCCUAAUCGGAGGCAAUGGUGGCCUCUCCGGUUGUAUUCAAUACCCGAACCUGUCAUACGGCUCCUCCUCGGGCUUCGCAACCGUCAGCGGAAACAAUGGCCACAAUGGCUCAUCUGCAGCUCCGAUAUACCAGCAGCCCGAUGUGCUGGAAGAUUACGUCUACCGUGCGAUCUACACCGGAGGAGUUGUUGGGAAGCAGAUAGCUGGCGCCUUCUACGGGAACAGUGUUUCCAAGUCUUACUACAUGGGCUGCUCCGGCGGAGGCAGACAAGGAUUCAAGCUGGCACACUUUUUCCCAGAAAUUUUCGGUGGCAUUAUUGCUGCCGCCCCAGCUAUUAACUUCAACAACCUCAUCAACUUCGGAGGUUGGCUUAGCACUAUAGCCGGCUUCAACACAAGCUCCCCUAAUUUCAUUAGCGAGCGUCUAUGGCAGGUCAUUCAUGAGGAGGUUAUGACCCAGUGCGAUGGUUUAGAUGGCGCAGUUGACGGCAUCAUCGAGAACACCGAUUUCUGUCAUCCUCAGUUAGAGCGUUUGAUUUGCACAGAACAGUCAGCAAAUGCCACCAAUUGUCUCAGUGGCGCUCAAGCUGCCAAAGUCCGCGCUCUAUACGAGCCUCUUUAUGGCAAUGACGGCACCCUCCUGUACCCGCGUCUCCAACCUAGUACCGAAACCACAAGCUACAGUACAUACUUCUCGGGCGAAAUGUCGCUCAUCGCCUCAGAAUGGUUCAAAUACGUCGUCUAUAAUCCGGAUUUCGACCUGGAGACUCUGACUCGCGAGGACUUUGCUGUCGCUGCUUCGCAAGAUCCAUACAAUAUCAGCACUUUUGAUGCCGACCUGACUACAUCAUCUCGUCAGAGAUCAGCACGCUACUACCGCCGGCUGGCCGAGACCAUGUCCAUGCCGCCCUCCUCUCUCGACUCCUUCUACCGCUACUUCCGCGUGAGCGGCAUGGGCCACUGUUUUCUCGGGAACGGCGCCUAUGGCUUGGGAAUGUACUCCUUUGGUUCCAACCCAAACGCUUUGGUGCAGGACCCAGACGACAACGUGCUGCCCCGCAUUGUGGCAUGGGUCGAACGGGGCGAGGCUCCGGAGUACAUCCGUGGCACUAGCUUCCAAGGCGGCCUGCCGGGUUCGGAGCCUGGAUACAAGCGGAAGCACCGCAAAUACCCGAGCAGCAAUGUCUAUGUUGGCCCAGGCAACUACACUGAUGAGGAUGCGUGGAGAUGCCAGUAG